UUUGGCCCGUCGUCAGAGUCGCCGUCGUCGUUCGUCGUCCGUCAUCGUAGCACGGAUGCUCCCAGUAUCCAUCUUUGGAUUGCGACCUUCGCCCUGCGCGCCUAUUCCCAAAGAAGAGAGAGUAGACGAUCCCAGAUCCAACCCCCCGCUGCGGCUAACCAAGAUCUGUUCUGUGGUGGAUGAGGCGGUCGGCACACACACAGCAGCCCCAUCUUGAGGUCGUUUCGUCACCCUGCUCGUCGUCCGCCUUUUGCAAUAUCGAUGCAACACCAUUUUGCGCCGCCCCGAAUCGAAUCGGUAGUACAGGUGGGGUUUCUCUCUCUCUCUCUCUCUGUCUCCCCCCUCUCUCUCCCUCUCUCUCGCAACCAAGCCUCAAAGGAGAUGCUACGACCCGCAGCAUGCACGUCCAGUUGGGAAGGGUUGGGCAUGGUUGUUGAUUGCGUGGGCGCCUUGACCUUGAAGGCUUUGGGCAGGAUUGAGAGAAGUUCUCUCUGCCUCUCGGGUUCUGUGGUCCUCGGGGCCGAAGCAACACCCCAAUACUCACAUCACUUUUUUCUUGUUAUUCUUCUUUGACCGCCACUGCUACCGGUUGACGGAUUGACUGAUUACAGAUAUGUCAGACACCUCUCCCAUAGAAUACGGGACUUCUCAAAGCCAAGACCAUUUCCUCUAACAGUAUUUUCAGUCCCCUAGCCCCCCACCCCCCAGUCGCAUCAAACACCGAUCCUCCAGAGAGGUGCAUAUAUGCAUAUGCGCAUCGUUGGGAAGGGGGAAGCAACAAAGGUCGAGUUAAACAUCUCAUUCCCUUGUAUGCGCGAGGUCCCCCAAGGCUUCUAGGCUCUAGCCCUGGCCGGCUUGAUCGCCGGGACCCAGUUCGCCCUCUGCGCAAGCUCCUGGACCGCCCUUCAAAAUCCUUCCUCCGUCUGCGCCCCUCCCUUCAUCGCGAAAGCUGCAUGUAGACUUGAGCGAGAUGGGUCUCUCCGGGGCCCUGGUGUUACAGCAUUUGAUCCUGCCCUGCCAGCCAAGGACUCUUUCGCCAUCUUGUGCCUGGCCUUCCGCCUAUGUCGGUCUACGUCCUGUCCGAUAAACUUUAUUAGCAAAGGCCUGGGGUUUCCGCGGCCCAUUGCCCAUUGCCCAUUGCCAAACGUGUCCAUCGCUGGAUGACCUGGCAUGGGCCGUGUCGUCGGAUAUGGGUACAGGAUAUGGAUACGGUUUCAACCUUGCAUGACGGAUCCCCUCUCGAGCAGCGCGCCCUGUCCCGCCCGCUCCUAAGAAGACCCCCAAGAAAAGACUCCCCAUCGAUGGAUCUUCUCUGGCCAUCCACAGCUAGCCGAAAUCUCGAAACAGCUAAGACGAGGGAGGACACCUGCCGCUGUGCCCCACGAAGCGGCAGGCAAACCGCAUCACGGAUCUGGACCAGCAAGUCGGACCCCGGCCCCCCCGAUCCUGUUGCAUGCUAUACCCGGCCCCUCCCCCCUCCGCUUGUGAGACCGUGAAUUCGCCUGCUGCGGACUAUCACGUCGAUGCGGCGAUGCCUGAUAGCACGCCCGAGCCCGCUUUUCGAUGACUGCCCUGCUCUCCGACCCCCCUCUUCGUCCUGAAGGCCUGGGUGAGUGCGGCUUGGUUGCAAAAACUCUGAGCAGGAGGACGACUGGCUCAAGGCACCCUCACAUCCGGUGUUCCAGUCAGCGGGGUAGGCUACGUGUAUCGCGAGGGAGAGGUCAUCGCGGGGUAGUUGGCGGGUGCCCGAGUGCAACCUCCGAGGUCGCUAAUGAGAGAAGGCCGGGCCGGUUCUGUACGGAAGCUUUUGUGAACCGAACUCUAUCCUUUCAGCACCUGCUCCCUCCCCGAGUCAACACGGAUACUUACUGUACGUGGGGUUAUGAGGCAUUUUGUCACAUGUCGAAGGCGAGGUGUACAUGUACUGCCCCGGCGGCGUCCAGGGCUUGUAGAGGACGGCGACGCUCGAGGACGGCUUGUCCGGAGCACUCAUCUCAUCGCAUAUAUCUCGCGGGUAUGCAUCAGGGGCUUUGUCAAACUAAAUACGGGAGCCCGUCAGAAGCCACUGAUUUCCGCGUCUCUUUUGUAUUUUGCUUACCUUGUCUCACUCAAGGUUGCGUCUCCUAAGACCUUCUUCCUAGUUCUGAUAAUCAGCCACCUAUUUCUGAACUCCUUGAUGUUGUUGGAUGACAGGACUUGAUACAUGAUGGGAGACCUCGAGGAGGAGCGUCUCCAAUCUCGGACUCGCAAUCCAACACCUCAACGCUGCACGCUGCGCUCUGCAUUCUGCCUAAGCUAAGCUCUGGUCUCUUGUUU